GUGAGUUGCAGGCUACUUCCUCCUAGGAUUUGCCGUAGCCUAGCUCUGCUACAUGAAAUAUCCGCCUAGGGGUUAUUACCGUUCGUGUAUCGAGUGAAGAACACCAAAGCUUAUGGAACGCUGGCGAAGUUACUGACCGCAAUUUUGCAUCACUUUGGAUUAUGAGCAUUCGUUGUAUUGUAACAUAGUAUCGAAGCCGAAGUAGGGCAAUGUCGGCUGAAACCGGAGUCUUGCAUUUAAGAAACCAAACAAAUGGGCUAUUGUCGGUGAAUUUUCGGGAUAUAGCAGAAUAGCCUGACUUGUGCAGUAAGCACAUUGUAGGUUACGUCUGUGCGUCCUCAAAUCACUUCGUAAGUUUUACACGCYAGGUCUACAAUGUUAGAUGGCGACAUGUUUUUCCUGGUCUUCAUACUUCUGGUUUUACCCUCUUCCAGCGUGAAAGAUGAGGGGAGCGUGAGCGACUACGAGUGUGCGUGCGAUGGGCCGUCGUGCGACGUAGGAGACCGGUGUUUUGGUCAGCAGUGCUUCUCGGCCCUCUCCGUCCAGAACGCCAUUUCCGUCCAGCAGAAGGGGUGCAUUGUGGGGCGGAGCGAGGAGUCCAUAAGUUGCGAAAGUCCCCCAUCCCAUAACCUGAUGGUGGAGUGCUGCCAUGGCGACCUUUGCAACAUGAAUGUCACAGUGGCAACACCAGCGAGAGAUGAGGAAGUGAUGCCUGCCUUGCGAGACAUUGACUGUGUGUGUGAGGGGCGGUCGUGUGAUGGCGGAGAGCGCUGUACGGGCCAGCAGUGUUUCUCCUCUAUCAAGAUCAGUGACGGGUUUGUGGUUCACCAGAAGGGCUGCCUUCAGGAUGACGACCAGGGGAGAUCCACCUGUGCCACCCCUCCUUCUCCCAGCCGCAUAGUCAAGUGUUGCCAGGGGCACCUGUGUAACGUGAACAUCACUGUGGAAGCAACAGCGAAAGAGGAUAAAGUGAAGUCUGUUGGCGAGCACGAGUGUGUGUGCGAGGGGCGCUCGUGUGCCACCGGGCGGCGCUGUAUAGGCCAGCACUGCUUCUCCAGUCUGACGGUCAGUGACGGAGCCCUGGUCUCCCAGAAGGGCUGCUUCAAGGUGUACGAGCAGAGCAGGAUGACCUGCAAGACGCCGCCCUCCCGCGACCAGAUCGUGGAGUGCUGCCAGGGCCACCUGUGUAACAUGAAUAUCACCGUGGCGCUGCCUGUCAUAGCAGGCGACCUUCCCAACUACAGCUUGACUACACUGGCCAUCGUCAUCGUGGCUCCGGUCAUCGUGCUCAUCGUCCUCUCAGGCAUCGCCAUCCUGGUGUUCAGACGGAUCCACCAGAACCAGAUGGAGAGGCUGACGGCCCGGGAGGCGGAGUARGGCACCAUAGACGGACUCAUAGCCUCCAACGUGGGGGAUAGCACACUGGCGGAUUUGCUGGAUCAUUCGUGCACGUCGGGAAGCGGCUCCGGACUCCCCUUCCUAGUUCAGAGAACCGUCGCCCGACAAAUCACACUCAACGAAUGUGUGGGUAAGGGGCGCUACGGUGAGGUUUGGCGAGGCCAGUGGCAGGGGGAGAGUGUGGCCGUGAAGAUCUUCUCCUCCAGAGAUGAGAAGUCCUGGUUCAGAGAGACUGAGAUCUACAACACAGUGCUGCUGAGGCAUGAGAACAUCCUGGGCUUCAUCGCUUCGGACAUGACUUCCAGAAACUCGAGUACACAGCUGUGGCUAAUCACACACUUCCACGAGAUGGGCUCCCUGUACGACUACCUGCAGCUGAGCACCCUGGACACAGCCAGCUGUCUGCGCAUGGCUUUGUCCAUCGCCAGCGGCCUGGCACACCUCCACGUGGAGAUCUUCGGCACCCAGGGCAAGCCGGCCAUCGCCCACCGAGACCUCAAAAGCAAAAACAUACUCGUCAACAAGAACGGCCAGUGCUGCAUCGCCGACCUGGGUCUUGCUGUGAUGCAUUUCCAAGACACAAACGAGUUAGACGUGGGCAACAACCCUAAAGUGGGCACGAAGCGCUACAUGGCCCCAGAGGUCRUGGACGACUCCAUCCAGAUGGACUGCUUUGAGUCCUUCAAGAGAGUGGACAUCUGGGCCUUUGGCCUGGUCCUGUGGGAGAUUGCAAGGAGCACGGUCAGCAACGGCAUUGUAGAGGACUACAAGCCUCCCUUCCAUGAUGCGGUGCCCAGCGACCCCAGCUUUGAAGACAUGAAGAAGGUGGUGUGUGUGGACCAGCAGAGACCCAACAUCCCCAACAGAUGGUUCUCAGAUCCAACUUUAACGUCCAUCGCAAAACUUAUGAAGGAGUGCUGGUACCAGAAUCCAUCCGCCAGAUUAACGGCGCUACGCAUCAAAAAGACUCUGACAAAAAUCGACAACUCUCUGGACAAAAUUAAAACGGACUGUUGAGCUUCUUCCUUGUUGGUGCGCAGGGAGAGGAYACCUAAAGGCCUUUAAAGACAUCCAGCAGGCAGUUCGGUUCCCCUGGACAACACACAGGAGAAAAUGGACCGGUUGGGCUCAGUGCUCUUAAAGUGGCACAUUUGUAUUUAUUUUAAACACUUGGUGGGACACAUUUUGGCAUCCAAAGAUGGCUUACAGGGCAUUUAAGACUGCCAAUAGUCUUGGAUAUUAGGUGACUAUCCCUUUUUAAGAUAUAGGAAUAUUGAACUAAUAGUCACGUUCUUCAAGGAAGAAACUGUUACCUGGGCAUUUGAGUACUGUAUAUCGCUUUAGAGCUGCCGAUUUUCGGAGAAAUGUCUGAACAUAUUUAAUUUAGCAAUAUUGGCCGUGCUUUAUUGCUGUUUAUUGCACUAGCAAUCUUUGCAUUCCUGGCUUGCACUGUUGCUGAUGCAUUUGGAGAGAAAAAACAACUUGCCAAAAAUGUUUUGUUUUAUAGUUCACACAAACUCCAGUAAUCAGAAUGAGGAAAAAAUAGUUUUUUGCUUUCACUGCAUCUCUCGUGCACUGCUGUUUACAAUAUUGUUAGAACAAUUCUCUUGGUAUUUCAUCCGACCUGUAACGUAUUUAGCUAACACACUGUGUUGUAGAAUUGUGCUGCAGACAGUUAUAGCCACUCUUUACUUCUUACUUUGGCGAUGUCGUCUAACGUAUCCUGUCACAAACUUUUUAUAUCGCCAUACAUUUCACAUUAUGUACCUGUUCUUUUGUUUGGUUGUUUCAUCAGCUUAAUUGAGACAAAUCCUAAAAGAGCAAAUCAAAUAUUUACUAGAUGACGCUGAACUCUAUUCAUACAGGAGCAGAAGUUAUGCCUGUAAAGUAAUAUUGUCUUAAUUUGUGCAUUGUCAAAGUAAUUGAAGUCCAACUUCAGCCUUUUCUUUUUCUUUUAACAUUUUAUAUCAAGUAGUGAUUUCUAUGAAUUAAAUAGAGAAAAACAUAGAUGCUCUGUCUCAUCUGUCAGUUACAACAUCAAAUGAACCUUUUUCCCCCUCAUCAAAAUAUAUUCCCCACAAUAUUUGCUCUGCACAUCUCUACCUAAACAUGAACUUUUUUACAUGCUGUGAUAGGUUUGCAAAAGUCUGGUAACCUUCCAAAAUCCUCAGGUUUUUCCAGAAAUGACAGUUGGAAGAUUCACAGAAUUUAGGUCGGAAUAAAUUGCUGGAAAACCUGGGAAGUUUGUGAACGUUAUCACAGUUUUGCAACUAUGUCAGGAUAAGUAAUAUGCUCGUGGUGAGUAUUAGCAGUGGUUGUUAUUCAAAUCCAGAGUGUAUUUUAAUUUCAUCAGCUCUGCAUAUUUUCCUUUGUCCUCCCGGACUAGACAGUUCCUUUGCCUUGGCAUAGUGCCGCCCCUAAAGUCUUACUGACCUGCAGCAGAGARGUAAGCUGUUCACUGCACAAAGGAACUUUUCUUGUGUCCAGCUUGUCGACUACUAAACAAAUAAUGAAAUGCAGCAAAGUAUGUAGGGCAUGUUAAUCCAUUUCCAUAUUAAACACAGCUCAAUCUCGGUUGUAAAAUGCAACAAAUACAUUUUAAUUUGGGAAAUGUCAGAGGGUAUUCUAGGCCCUAAUGACUAAAUUGAACUGCUAAAAUUGUGGAGCAGUUGCCCGAAGAGAAACAAAAGGCAAGUCUAGAAUGGUACUGUAAAUGGUGUCACCUGCACUCAUUUGUAUUCCUGAAUCAGUAUGGGGCCGGUAAAGAGCAAAGCAAUUGAUAUGUCAGUUGUCUGCCAGGACUGACUGGCACCCAAAAUGAGCAUCUCCAAAUUAGCAUAUUUUAUAGACAACAUCCUAGGYAAUGUCCCAAAUGGCACCCUAUUCCCUAUAUAGUGCACUACUUUUGACCGAGGCCAAUAGUGAUCUGGUCAAAAGUAGAGCACUUUAUACGGAAUAAUGUGCCUUUCGGGACUCACUCAUGGUCAUUAUUAACUGGUCAUGUGAACGGUCUCCUGACUGUGCUACUGUGAACUGAUCCACAAUGACCAGAUGUAGUUUUUAACAAGGUCUCAUUUUGCUGCUUUGUGUAUACGGGCAGUUGUUCACUCACUAUGCUCCCCAUUUACAUGCAAAUAGAAGAAAUGAUUUUCGACUAAUUCCCACUACAGCACUGCAAGAUGACAGUAAUGCAUAUUGUUUGUGUACUUGUUUUCCCUCAGCUUUUAGGUUUGGUAGCUUUUCAAUUAAAACAUUGAAGCAAAGUGUU